CUUACCUACGCUACGAAUUACUGUUGCAAGCAUUGUUUACAUCUGGCUUUGGUUGGAGAAAGACGUCGGGAAAGAAAUAUCUGCUCGGUCCACAGAUACACCGCACAUAAUACUUUGUGGUCUUUAGUUCGUAUUAACCCAUCAAGUCAAGCAGACAAAAUGUCGAAGGAAGACCCAGAGUCUGGAAGCAACGGGGAUGCAUUGCCACUGAAGCCCACGGAAUUCCACGGGGAAAUGAAGGAGUCCCACACGACGUCGUUACUCCUCUCUCCUGACGGCUCCGAGAGGAGCAGACUCGAAGGAGAGGAAGUAGAAGCUUUGCCAUGCUGGCAAGUACGGUACACCCUGGCGAUCCUUUCCCUCAUCGGCAUCGCCUUGAUGUACGGAAUGCGCGUCAUUCUCUCCAUAGCAAUCGUUGCCAUGGUCGGCUCUAAGGGACAUCACCACGAGGCCGAGAACUCCACGGAAGGAGAGCAAGGAAUUCUGCUGGAUGCCUGUCCGGCUCCUGAGAACGCGAAUACUACCAAGACUGUCAUGGAAGGCGAAUUUGACUGGGACGAGACGACGCAGGGCGUGAUCCUCGGAUCCUUCUUCUGGGGCUACGCAUGCACCAACAUCCUUGGAGGGCGAGCGGCCGAAUACUCCGGCGGGAAAAGGAUCUUCGGUCUGGGCAUCUUUCUAUCAGCGAUUUUGACAAUCAUCACGCCCAUCAGCGCGAGGACCUCCACCGAAUUCGUCAUCGCCGUCAGGGUACUCAGCGGCAUCGUACAGGGUGUUGUUUUCCCUGCUGUCAAUUCGAUGUUGGCCACUUGGAUCUCCCCGUCUGAAAGGAGCCGUUACAACACCAUUGUUUACUCAGGAUUUCCCCUGGGCACCGUGCUCUCGCUGCCCAUCGGAGGGUAUCUCUGUUCCUCCCCCAUUUUCGGCGGGUGGCCCUCCGUCUUCUACCUCUUCGGCGGUCUCAGUCUGGUCUGGUCCGUGUUCUGGUUCGCGCUGGUCUACGACCGCCCUGAGCAGCACCCAAGGAUCUCGCCUGGUGAGCUGGCCCUUCUUCAGGCGAAUAAAGAGGACACCAAGAGGGCGGAGGUUGUGGCCCUUCCCCUGAGGGAGAUCUUCACUUCCCUCCCGUUCUGGGGCCUGAUGAUCGGCGCCUUCGGAUACGACUACGGGUUCUUCACUCUCCUGACGGAGAUCCCGACCUACCUGAAGAAUAUGCAGCACUUCGAUAUUAAUCAGAACGGCCUGCUCUCCGCCCUUCCGUUCCUGGUCAUGUGGCUGUGGGGAUACGUGUGGGGAAGCCUCAUGGAUUACCUGACGAGGGCGGGCAAACUCACCAUCAUCACCGUCAGACGUCUCUCCAUGUCUAUGGCCUUGCACGGUGCCAUGUUAAGCCUGAUCAUCAUGUGCUUCGUGAACUGCAACUCCGGCCUGGCAGUGGUGGUUCUGUGCCUGGCCGUAGGCCUCAGUGGAAGUGCCAACUGCGGCUUCCUGUGCUCCCACCAGGACCUGGCACCCAACUUCGCCGGCACCCUCUUGGGUUUCACCAACACCUUCGGGUCCUUCGCUGGAGUCUUCGCCCCCAUGAUCACCGGAGCUCUGACGGAGGGGAAUCAAACAAUCACAGCUUGGCGGUUCGUUUUCUUAAUCACGGUCGGGAUGUAUUUGGUAACUGGCACCCUCUACAUCUGCUUCAUUUCCAAUAGAACGCAAUCAUGGAACGAACCAAAACCCAAACAGAACUGUGGGAAGUCCAACAACUGCAACGAAGCCCAGGUGGUCCUCAUGCCAAAAGCUCAGUCACCUGACGCAGAAAGCUAAUUGACCCGACCUGGAGAGUGACCUCACCUGUGACCCCACUCCUGAACUUUCAACUUUUGGUGUCGGACUCGGAAGUCAUGCGCCUUUUUUCCUAUAUACUAUAUAUAUAUAUAUAUAUAUAUAUAUAUAUAUAUAUAUAUAUAUAUAUAUAUAUAUAUAUAUAUAUAUAUGAAAGCUUGGUGAAAGCUUCACGAGAGUUUCGGGUCUACAAAAUUGGAUGAUUUUGAAGAGCUUACAGUUUUGUCGUCCUUCUGACUUGUAACUUCGUAAUACGACAAAUUCCAGCCAUACGUCCGUAAGAAGAUGCUGUUAUCAGUCGUCACCUUUUACGAUAUUUUAACGUGGAAGGUGAAGAGGAAAUAGUGCAUAAAACCCACACUUUUCUGUAGACCUACUCUCUCUCUCUCUCUCUCUCUCUCUCUCUCUCUCUCUCUCUCUCUCUCUCUCUCAAGUAGUUAUUGUGUAUUCAACAACUUGCCUCCCAUUUCAAAGGGAGACACUUAUUCUCAGAUAUCAGAAAUGACAUCACCUGCAUCAUGUGGCAUCUUAGCCUCUCAUCUCAUCUCACUCUUGCUAUAUUAAUCCUGUGUCAGUAGUAUCCCAAUGCAUAUAUGAUAAAUAGUUUAUAGUUCAAGGUGGACUUACUGCCUGUUGGUACUCGUGGACUUACGUUACUUUUCAGAGUAGUAUUCCUGUGAAAUACGCUUUUCAUUAAAUAUCUUUAAACUAAAGAAUUGACUCCAGUGCCGCACAGCAGACUUUUCUUGUAUGAUAUGUAAAUGUUCCCUUUCAGUAGACGCUUCUCAAUUCUGUCUGAUAGCUUCCCACGCUAUGCGGAUUUUCUUAAAUUCUCUCACUGUAUUCUAUCAGUGUACCAGUAUAUUGCGGACGCAUUUGCGAAUGCAAUCAAUGUUUCCUUAGAAUGUAGAUUUAAACUCUGUCAGUGUAGCGCUGUACAACAGGCGUUUUCUGAAAAUUUUCCAAUUUGUUCCCAUCAAGUAAAGAUUUUUUAAAUUUCUAUAGGUGUACCCCCAUACCAUUGACGUUUUCAUAUGACUCUAACAUUUUAUUAUGAUGAAGUGUAGAUUUUCUACCAGCUUAACCCUGUAGUACCUUCGACAUUUUCAUAAAUUCAGUCAACGUAUCCCUGCAUUGACGUUUUCUCAAAAGUCUACUCACCUCACACAGUCGUUUUCCCACGGUAAUUUCCAAGACACCUUGUUCAGUGCAUUACGUAUAGGAUAAAAAAAAAAAUGCCUGCGACACAGGUGCUGACCAUCGCCUCAUAACUCACCAUUCUCAUUCAUCGUUCAUUGUACAUAGUGAAAGCUCAUCACGAAGUGUCAUUGACUUUUACGUUGCAGUUACUGCAGCUUGACAUGUAUAGUGAGUAUAUAGUGAAUGCGAAGAAGCGAGAAACGAAUACGUGAUUAUUUUUCUUUAUAUAUGCCGUGAAGAAGAUAUAUGCUGUGAAUCAUGCUGUAAUUGACAAGAGGCAGUCUAACCUGUUUUGCAGCUGUCAGUAGCAGACUGGGCUCUCUGCAAAUUGCAGUACCAGUCUGGUCUGGGCUUUCCGCCAAAGCCUGGGAUUUGUAGCUGACAGAAGCAGCCUGGGCUUUUGGGCUUCCAAAUUAUUUUUUAUAUAUAUUGGAGAUGAAAUUUCCAGCCGUCUGUUUUUCAAGUGAAAUAGUGUGUGUGUGUGUGUGUGUCUGCAUCUAUAUGCUUACAUGAGGUUCCUUGGAUGUGUAUGUUACGUAUUAAUAAAAGGAACUUUCAUUCUCAGAAAGAUUAUAUAUAUAUAUUGUAUAUUCAAAGAAUAAAUAUUUUAUUUAAUGUAC